AUGCCAAUCAGCAUUCCUCUGCGAUUCCGUCCCCAAUUCCAGCAGCGUCGAGCAGCGUCYGAUGAUGCAGCAAAGCCAUCAUCCGCCAACCCUGUUCUUGAUGAGUGGAAGCGCAAGAAUGCCGACGCCGUCAGCGCAGAAGAAACCGUCAAACCUCAAUUGCCUCAAGCGGGAGACAUUGCGUCCAGUUCCAUCUUCGAGGAUGAGCGACGCAUUCAGCAGCAGCAGGAGCGGGAGACCGAAGAAGAUGCAGAAGGUGAAGACACCAAAACCGGCGGCAUCUCACGCGAUUCAUAUGUCAUGGCUCGCGUUCUGGACCCCAAACCUGCCGCUCGACAACGAUUUGAGCGGAGAAAAGUCAUGCAGAUGGUGCGUAAAGGGGGCAGAUUGACCAAGGAGGAGUUCAUAAAGAGGACGGAGCGCGAGCAUCUGGUCAAGAGCCACAACAUGAAGACGUCGAUCAAGAAACUCGGCAUGCUUGCACGCCAGAUUGCGGGAAAGCCGCUGGAUGAGGCCAUUAUACAGAUGAGAUUCAGCAAGAAGAAGGUUGCCGAGGAGAUUCUGGCGCAGCUUGAAGCCGCCAGAGACGAGGCGGUGGUCAUGCGAGGAAUGGGUCUGGGAAGUGUUGCGGCGGAGGAUGCAGAGACUUUGAACGAUGCGUCGGCCUCGGUCACGGGGACAGAGCAUGGAGCACUGGAGCCAAUCAAGGCUGCAAACAAGGAGCGACCUGUGGACAUUCAGCUCAAGGAUGGAAAGCGUCACAAGGUUACCGAUCGCACCAGAAUUUACAUCGACGAAGCCUGGGUGGGCCGUGGUCCAUACGGCAAACUGCCUGAUUAUAGAGCGCGUGGCCGCAUCUACAUGAUGCGUACCCCAUGGACGAGUCUUAGCGUCGUGCUCAAGGAGGAAGCCACUCGCGUGCGCGAGUUUGAAGAGCGAGAGGCAAAGCGCAAGAAGGCAAUCACGCAGAACGUUUGGAAACAUCUGCCUGACCGACCGAUUCAGAUUCAAAGGCAGUGGUAUAGUUGGUAG